GUUUUUUCUUAGAUCCCAAGCCAUUGUACUGUCGCUAUCGCAGAUAGGCUCCUCCGGCAUCGUGAUCACCUCCGUUUCCAGUAGCGAUACUCGGUUUUAAUAACCGUCACCUCCCAAAGACGGUCCCUUGGUCGCUGUCAGUUCAGUGGGUGCCCGCCAGUCCCUGACGUCAAGUUAACACAACACGGCCAAUCUCACAACAAGCAUCCCUUUUUGAAGAGGCCAUCUUGACCUCUUUAUUGGGCCCAACUUCAUCUGUUUACCUUCAUUGAUGCCAUUGUAGUCUCCGACUCUAUCAUGGAAGACCCCAAUUUGGCCGAGGCGCCAAGUGCCGCGCAAUGCCCUUCUUCCCAGUCGGCAAAUCAAUUCUUGGUUGCACCCUACCUACAACGAGCUAGUAAUGAGCUCAAAGAUUCCUCAGGAAGACCCCAUUCUGAUCAGCGUAUCGCCGAGGCCACUCUCUUGGGCACUCCGGUCUGCGCAUCUGAGGGUCAUGCUGAAUCUCCUCGAUCUGUUCCGUUCCUCUUUCCUGCGUUCAGGAUGACAGGUC